AUGAUUUCGGAAGAAAAAGAUACAUCUACAUUGGUCGAAACAAUAGAAGAAGAACAUGAACGAUAUGCUCACAACCUAACAAGCAUAAUAAGUUAUAGGGAAGCGCCUGUGGAUUUAGUGAAAUUGGUUAGCAGGAAGGAAAAGAAAUCGCCGUUAAUUGAGGAAUUCUGGAAGAAUGUUACGUCAACACAAAAGCGAAAGUUGGAAACUAUAUCAGAACACACAACUUUAAUGGAGGAACACGCUACUACAGUUGUAAAAUUGACUUCACAACAAGAUCAAAUAAUACGAGAAAAAUUUACAAGUUGCCUAAAGAAUAAGGAUACAGGUGAAUGUUCACCACCAAAAAACUCAAUAUGGCCCGCUCAAGAUGCUAGGACAAAUUAUUAUAUUAUUGAUUUAGGAGAUAAGGAUACACUAAAUUGGAUUAUAGAGGAAGAAGAGGAAGGGAGCAUUGAUCGAACAGAAGGUACAGAAGACAAAAAUAAUAUUGAUAAAUACACAAUUAAUGAAGGAAACAGCGAAGAGUUUGAGAAAAUCAUUGCUAAAAUGGAGGAAAAAAUGAAUCUAUUGAACAGUUUAUCUGAAAAAUUUCACUAUCUAUCUAACACCUGUCCUAUUCCAGCCGAAAGUUAUGACCAAUUAAAAAUGCUCGACAUUUUUAUUGUUAAGAGCAUCUCUAGUCACCUUGAUACAAUCAUAAAACUGAAUGGCAUCAUGAAGAACACUCCUGAAUAUAUUUCUACCAAGAUAGAUGUUCGAGAUUUUAUUUAUAAAGCUGAUGGCAUAUUGGAGUUUUUUGAGCGACCUAAUCAAAUCCCAUCAUUUUUGCUCGAAGUGGCGAAUGGUCCUAGUAAUCCGGAUCCAGACAAGAUUAAUGGAGACAGAAAGAAGUUAAUGAACGAAGGAUUUGCCGAUAAAGUCGAGAUUGGUCAAAUGAUAUUUAUUGGGUCAGGCCUGUAUCUGUUUUCACCAUUCACAAUCCCAACUCUUACUAUUCCAACUUUCAACAUUAAUUUAAAACACGCGCCUAGACUUAUUCGAACACUCUUACGUUUACGAUACAAUAUUAUUAAAAAGAUCGAGAGGUUUAAGGAAUUUGCAAAGGAAGGACAGCGACGUAUUGCGAAGCCUAAAAUCAAAUAUGCAACUGGCGUCACAUCAGAACGGCUAAAAGCU